AUGACUGUUGAUUUUGAAAACAAAGAAAACCAAAAAAGUCCAACUAUCGACGAAACCACAGGUACUGAAGAUGAAAUAGGACUAACGUUUACCAAUAAUGACGUUAAAAUCAGUAGGGAGUGUGAAAAGGGCAGUAGCAGCUCCUCGUCUUCCAUAUCAACCAGUUCUUCUAGUAUUUCAGUCUUUGAUAACCUCUCGGGCGACCCAAAUUAUUCUUCCAGUAGCUGUUCGUCAUCCUCUGAUGAUUCUUCUGAUAAGGAGCCUCCUUCAAGUGUGAACUCUAAUAAUGGGAACCAAAAUUCAAGCAACAAAAGACGCUCUGUUAAAAACCCAUGUCCUUCACCAGAAAAUGUAAAAAAAAAACGAAAGAGAAAGAUAUCUCAGGUUGCUAAGAUGAUGAGGAAUAGUGGCCAAAGUUAUACUUCGAUAAAAAUCGGGAAAAAAGAUGUAAUCUAA